AUGGAAAUUUUCCGCAAAUUUUUAUUAACUAUUAUUAUCGUAUGUUAUAUUUCAAUAGCGUAUGGUAAACAAAAAACAGUUAAAGAUACUGUUGUCGAUGGAGCUACACAGAUUAAAGACACUGUUGUCGAUGGAGCUACACAGAUCAAAGAUAAUGUUAUUGAUACAGUUUCGGAUGGUGUUAAGACUGGAGCAAAAUUUGCAACUGAUGCUGCUAAAACUGCUGGUGAUUAUGUGGCUGAUGCUGCUACAGCAACAAAAGAAUAUAGUGCUGCUGGUGCUCAAAAGACUCAAGAAGUGUUCAACGAAUAUGUUGUACCUGUUGCUUCUGAUACAUUAAAUACAGUAAAAGAAAAAGUUGUCGAAGCAGCUCACGUUACUGUUGAAAAAGCGCAAGAAGUUGUCAACGAAUAUGUUAUUCCUACAGCACAAGCUGGUAUUGAAAAAACACAAGAAGCGUUCAAUGAAUAUAUUGCACCAACAGCUGCCGCUGGUGCUGAAAUUGUUAAAGAAAAAGUUCUUGAAGCAACUGAUAUUCUUAAGGAAAAAGCUGCUGAAGCAGCUAAAGUUGGUACAGAAUAUGCUGAAAUACUUGGUGAAAAAGCUGCUACAGCUGCUGCGGCUGGUAAUGAAUAUUUAGUACAAGGUGCUGAAGUUGUCAAGGAAAAGGCGACAGAAUACGCUGAAGAAAUUCUCAAACAAAGUCAAACUUUCAAAGAAGCAGCUAAAGAAAAAUUGGACGAUGUUGCUGCUGAAACAGUCAAAAGUGCAAAACAAUUUGCUUCUGAAGCUUUAAAAGCUACUAGUCACUACACAGCUCAAGCCGGCGAAAUGUUGCAAGAAAAAGUUCCAGAAGCCAUUGAAGUUGGAAAGGAAUAUGCAACCAAGGCUGCUGAAAUGGGUCAAGAAUAUGGCAAAGAAGCACUUGAGAAAGUUGAAAAAAAUGUUGAACAAGUGUAUAAAGCCGGUACAGAAAAAGCUGAAGAACUUCUUAAAGACGCUAAGAAGAAACUGGAAUUAUAA